AUGGAUCAGUUCAUUGACACGAUGGAGAUCAAACAGGCUCAGGCCGAAGCCAAGAUCUGCAGCCAAACAACAGUAGACUCGCAAAGUCCUACACCCGUUGGCUCACAAUCCGGGCAUGAAUAUGCUCUCGUUUCACCCGGCAGUCCAGUUGGACGACCCCCUAUUCCGAAACCCGAAGAGAUUCAUGCAAUUCCCGAAGUGCGCAAAUUUGCCAAUCCAGCUCCCUUGGGCCUGUGUGCGUUUGCGCUCACGUCUUUCAUGUCGAAUAUCAUGAAUGUGCACCUCGGUUUGACGACUGCCGCCGAGAAUGUGGGCUCUGCUCUGAUCUAUGGUGGCACGGUCCAGUUACUUGCGGGCAUGUGGGAAAUGGCUCUUGGAAAUACCUUCAGCGCCACCUCCUUCUGCUCCUACGGUGCCUACUGGAUUACCUUCGGGGUCAUAUCGGACCUAGAAGGGACCAAGAUCGUUGCUGCUUCUGAGACCGUCUGCCAGAAGGAGAUUCUUAUGGGCCUUUUCUUGCUGGCAUGGUUUAUAUUCACGACGAUGAUGCUCCUUUGUACGCUCAAGUCCAGCCUGGCCAUGUUCUUACUCUUUUUCUUCCUCGACAUGAACUAUCUCCUACUUGGUAUUGCAAAUAUGCAAUGCGACCAAGGGCAUGUCGCUACCUCUAUUCAGAGGGUUGGUGGAUAUUUUGGCUUGCUGGCGGCUUUUGCGGCGUGGUAUAACGCGUUUGCUGGAAUUUUCGACAAGAGUAAUGGUUUUUUCAAUGUUCCAUUGGGUCAUUUCCCUUGGUCGCCAGCUGUGAGGGCACACCAUGGGAAGUUUAAGGGGGUCUAG